AUGAAUGUUUUCUUUAAGAUAACUACUUUGAUGAUUUCUCAGUGUGAAAAAAAUGCAGACAUAAUUGUAAAAAAUGCUUAAGUGAAUAAGAUUAUAGUGAAUGUUUUGAAGGGUGAAGCACUUGAAGAUUUAUUAGAUUCUUAAUUUUAUUAUUCUAGCCGUCUAUAAAAGAUAUAAAGUUGCCCUAAUGUAUUAAAUAAUUGUAAUCCUUUUUAAUCAAAUGUUGAUAAUUGUAAGUGUGCAGAUUCAAUAAUAUACAACACUGUAGAUUGUGAUUAUUGUAAUGAAAUAUUGUAUGAUAGGCUUAAUAAUGAUUGCAACAUUUAAUGUUAAUAGUAAUGUACAAAGUGUAUAAAUGGUAAAUGUAUUGAAUGUGCGACGGGGCUACUAUUUGGAUAUCAUUACAUAAACUUGUAAAGACUAUCGUUACUAUACGAUGGAACUAAAAUAGUUAAUCAAAAAUGUGAUGAUGGUAUUGAUAUUGUAUUAUUAAAUAAUUUUUAAAAUGAUUAUAUAAAUUCAAUCCGAUUGUUAUGGUUGUAAUUUUUUUUGAGAUCAGAUUGUUAAUAAUUCAAUUUUAACAAGGGUACCUGCUCAAUUUACAAAGAAAAGUUAAUUAUUCAGAAAAAUGAUUGUCAAAAUAAAGUGUAAAAAAAAAUAAUAAAAAUUAUGUUAGAAAAAAAUUAACCAACUUUUUUCAUCAAUGUUAUUUGA